CUUGUAAAACGAAUGAUGACUGUUAUUGUUUGGAAAAUCAAUUUAUCACUGCCAAAUUCAAUAGACAUGGCCACUUGUUCAGUUUAGUCGAUCGAAUGCUUGAUCGCGAAAUUAUACCAUCUGGGCAAUAUGGAAAUCUAUUCAAGAUUUAUGAGGAUAUUCCGCUAUUCUGGGAUGCCUGGGAUGGGCGUGAUGUCGGCCUUGGAGGAACUGUUAAGAUUAUUGAACAAGGGCCACUUCGUUCUGUUUUGUUAUUGGAGACUAAUCUAAGCGAGACUAGUAAAUUAUAUCAAAAGAUAAUUUUGACUGUUGCAUCUCGAAGACUCGAUUUUGAAACACGAGUUGAUUGGAACGAAAACAGACAAUUCUUGAAAGUAGAAUUUCCGUUUGACAUUUACAGUGAUUUUGCCACAUAUGAGACGCAGUUUGGUUUUAUUCAACGUCCCACGCAUUAUAACACUUCAUGGGAUUCAGCUAAAUUUGAAGUUUGUGGUCAUAAGUUUGCAGAUCUUUCGGAGUACGGAUAUGGUGUUGCUUUAUUAAAUGAUUGCAAAUAUGGUUAUGCUACUCACGGAAAUGUUAUGCGUUUAUCUCUCUUGAGGUCGCCAAAGGCACCAGACUAUUAUUGUGAUAUCGGAGUUCACGAAUUCAAAUAUGCGCUGUUUCCCCAUACCGGUUCCUUCCUGGAGUCGAACGUCGUUCGUGAAGCAUUUCAAUUUAAUGUGCCAUUGCUUGAAUUCGCUCUUUCACAUGGUUCAAAAUCAUAUUUCACAGUUGAUGGUGCACCAAAUGUUAUUCUGGAUACAGUUAAGCGUGCAGAAGAUUCAGAUGAAAUAGUUUUACGAUUAUAUGAGGCUUAUGGUGGACAUGCUACAGCUAAAUUACGAAGUUCAUUUUCGUUUGAAAAACUUUAUGAAACAAACAUUUUAGAAGAUAAACAAAUUAAGAUUGAUUAUCAUUCAACCGAAGGUGCUAUUAUUAAAUUCAAACCAUUCCAAUUUAUCACAUUAAAGGCGACUUUGAGGUGA